UAUUGCUGUAUACAGGAUUGUUUUUUUUUAUUUGUUUUCAAGGCGUUUAAAGACUAAGAGGGGUGUUCAAAAAUGAAGUCCGGCUGUUUAGAACGCGUUUUACACUUUCUAACUGAAACUCUACAAGAUGGUGGUCUUCAUGGUUGGAUUGCUGUGUUGGGUUUGUUUACAUCCAAAGUGGCUUGGUGUAAUUUGGUAAAAGGCCUUGGUAUGAUGUUACCUACCCUACAAGAACAGUUCGACACUUCAACUUGGUUAAUUGGCUGGAUGGUUGCUUUUGUCCAUGCAGGAACCCUUUUCUCAGGUGUGCUAGCAACGCCACUAAAGGAGAGAUUUGGCGCCAGGACUGUGGUGACAGUGAGUGGAUUAGUUGCCGGUAUCUCCAUGAUAACUGCGUCAUUCUUAUCAAGUUUAUACGUCAUCACCUUUAUUCUAACUGUAUUUACAGGAUCAGCUGUUGGCAUCUCAUAUGUGAUAUCCAAGCAUCUGAUUGGAUGUUGUUUUAAUAAGUCUGUCACAACAGCCUAUGGCAUGGCCGGCCUAGGCAGCUCUGCUACCUUCCUUGCUGUUGUUCCCUUGAUACAGCUCUUCCUAGAUACCUACGGCUGGAGUGGAACAAUGCUUUUACUUGGAGCAUUAUCAUUACAUCUCGCUGUAUUUGGAGCUCUGAUGAAACCACCUGCAGCUAGUGGGAGUCAAGAUGGUUAUGAGGCAGCUCUCACAGACGAGGAGCAAGAGACCAGGGAAGACAAAGUGGCACCAAGCAACCGCUUCGGCUGUUCUUGUUUUACCAAAGUGUACUCAUUUGCUAGAGAUACAUUCCAGCUGGGUUUAUUCUCAUCCCUCUCAUUCUGGCUGGUCUUAUUUCUUUACAUUAUGAUGGAUAUUACACAUUCUGCUUGGAUAAUAUACUAUGUGCAGUACACUACUGUGUCGAAAGGAUUCAUACUGGAAGACGCAGCACAUUUUGUUGUCGCCUUUGGACUCGGGACAACAAUAUCUUCCAUUGUGAUUGGUCCAUUGUUUCAAGCUGUGCAGGUUGUCAGCGCAUACGUGUGGCUUGCUGCAUAUUUACUUUUAUGCGCCAUUUAUUAUGCUGUUGAUCCAUGGUUGACGUCUUAUUGGCCGAUUGUGGCGAAUACUUUCGUUUAUGGAAGCGCUCUAUCAAUAGCUUUUAUACUCAUAGAUGUUGUCAAUAAGAAGAUAUUCGGUAAAGAACGGUUGGGCCAUGCGGUAGGAUUGUUUGGACUGUCGACAGGUGUGACGUCACUCCUUCUGUUAUAUUUUCCAGGCUUGAUGUACGACUUAACUGGAGACCACACCGUGGUUUUCAGUCUAAUGGCUGCCAUACAAUCACUGAAUGUUGUUGCGGCACUGGGUUUAGGCUGGAGACAGACACGCCAUCCCAGUUCACCCAACUCGACCCAAUAA